AUGGCGGAGCGCCACAAUGCCAUUAUCAAGCAGUGCCUUAGAGCUUAUUGUUUCAACCACAAAGACUGGGACCAGCACAUCCCUGAAAUUGCCCUGGCCAUGCGCACGGCUGAAAGCGUUGUCACGUGCUACACGCCUGCUUUCCUCUGUUAUGGCCGGGAGCUGAGAACCCCAUGGACACAGGCUGAGGCCAAAGACGACGCGGAGCCUCCUGCGACAGCAUAUUGUGCAUUUGCUACUGAGGUCUCCAAGUGUCUGCAGAAGGUGCUUGACUUCUCCAGGACACACCAAAACCACACGUGGCGCGCCCAGAAGACUCGCUACGACCAGCACAGGCGGCCACUGACAAUACAGGAGGGUGAUCUCCCCGGCGUUCCGGUCCUUUUCGGGCAGUGA